UAAUUAACUGAAAAGCAAACACCAGAAAAAAAAACAGACACUUUAGAUGCGCAUUAUAACUUGACAGUUUUGUGGGGGGUUAGGCUACAAAAACGAUGCGCGAAACACAGCCUCGCCGGUGGAGACGCUGGACAGCGCGUUCCGUUGACAGCACCGCUAUUAGACAAAAGAUCCCGAUCCAUCCGCCAGGCUCCAGUCUUCGGUUUAGCUCCUCCCGGUAUGUAGUGACAGCUGAGAUAGCUGUGUACUAGUAAGGAGGCUUCAUCUCCAAAUAGGAUGACCAGCCGCUUUUGUGGAGGUUUCGCGCUUUGGAGCUGCGCAUGGUUCGCCGUUAGUUCUUGGACCUCACUUUUAUUCUUUUACAGUCGUGUCCACGGAUUGCUUUGAUACUGUCGGAUCUCGACUGGAUUUCCAAUGGAUAUUCCGAUUUAAAGAGGGGCGCGCUAACACGGCUGAAGUAAAGAAGUAAUCAAGAGCCAGUAGGCAGUGCAACAAUGAGAUCGGAGGCCUUGGUGCUGUAUUUCACCCUGCUGCAGCUCGCUGGGGCCGGCUUCCCAGAGGACUCCGAGCCAAUCAGCAUUUCACAUGGCAACUAUACAAAGCAUUACCCCGUAUUCGUUGGACACAAACCAGCAAGGAACAAUACACAACGGCACAAACUGGACAUCCAACUAAUCGCCAUAACGAACCGGACUCUGUACGUGGCCGCCAGGGAUCACAUAUAUACUGUGGACAUCGAAAUAACCGGUGCAGCAGAGGAGAUCUUUUUCAGCAAGAAACUGACGUGGAAAUCGAGGCAAGGUGACGUGGACACCUGCAGAAUGAAAGGGAAACAUAAGGAUGAAUGCCACAAUUUCAUUAAGGUCCUUCUCCAGCAGAACGACGACACCUUGUUUGUGUGUGGGACCAACGCGUUUAACCCUUCCUGUCGAACCUACAAGACGGACAGCCUGGAAGCCGAUGGAGAGGAGAUCAGCGGAAUGGCCCGAUGUCCUUAUGACGCCAAACAUGCCAAUGUGGCCUUGUUUGCUGAUGGAAAGUUGUACUCGGCCACGGUCACGGACUUUCUGGCCAUCGACGCUGUCAUCUACCGCAGCCUGGGAGACAGCCCGACGCUGCGCACCGUCAAACAUGAUUCAAAGUGGCUGAAAGAGCCUUACUUUGUCCAGGCAGUGGACUAUGAGGACUUCAUUUACUUCUUCUUUCGGGAAAUUGCCAUGGAAUACAACAGCAUGGGAAAGGUGGUGUUCCCGCGGGUGGCGCGUGUCUGCAAGAACGACCGGGGCGGCUCUCAGCGUGUGCUGGAGAAGCAGUGGACGUCCUUCCUGAAGGCGCGCCUCAACUGCUCCAUCCCGGGAGACUCGCACUUCUACUUUAACAUCCUGCAGGCUGUCACCGGCGUCAUCCACGUCGAUGGCCACCACAUCGUCAUGGCUACCUUCUCCACGCCGUACAACAGCAUUCCAGGCUCGGCUGUGUGCGCCUAUGACAUGGCCGACAUCGCCGCGGCAUUCACGGGACGCUUCAAGGAGCAGAAGUCACCCGACUCCACCUGGACGCCCGUGCCUGAGGAGAGGGUGCCCAGACCCAGGCCUGGCUGCUGCGCUGGAACAUCAUCAGCAGAGAGGUACAAAGUGUCCAAUGAAUUCCCAGACGACACUCUGAACUUCAUCAAGAUGCACCCCCUGAUGGACGAGGCAGUGCCCUCCAUUGCCCACCGGCCCUGGUUCCUCAAGACCAUGGUCCGAUAUCGGCUCACUCGCAUAGCGGUGGAUAAUGCCGCCGGGCCGCAUGGCAACUACACCGUCGUCUUCCUGGGCUCAGAGAGGGGCAUCAUCCUCAAGUUCCUGGCCAAAAUGAAGAGCGGCUUCCUGAACGACAGUCUCUUCCUGGAGGAGCUGAGCGUCUACAACCCGGAGAAGUGCAGCGUGGACGGCGUGGAAGACAAGCGCAUCGUUAGCAUGCAGAUCGACAGCAGGAGCCACUCCCUCUUCGUGGCGUUCACUUCCUGCGUGGUCAAGGUGCCGCUGUCGCGCUGCGAGCGACACGGGAAGUGCAAGAAGUCUUGCAUCGCUGCCAGGGACCCGUACUGCGGCUGGGUGUCGGAUGGGGCCUGUCGGGAAGUCGUCUCCAGUUCAAAAUGGUCGUUCGAGCAGGACGUGGAGCACGGCAACACAGAUGGACUGGGAGACUGCCAAAACUCCUUCGUGGCUUUAAACGGCCGUUCCACGUCCGCCUCCCACAGCACCACGCAGCCUCCCGCCAACGGGCCGCUGGGAAGGGGCCACACGCUGGAGCCCAAGGAGCCCCCGCUAACCGUCGAUAAGAGGGACCCUUAUAUCGCGGUUCCCCCUCUAACCCAGCAGGAGUCCACAGGAGUGAUUCGUGAGAGUUUCCAGAAAGGCCGGGAUCAGAUGGUUCCCAUCACUCUGCUGGCCAUUGCUGUCAUUCUGGCUUUCGUCAUGGGUGCCAUCUUCUCAGGCAUCAUUGUAUACUGCGUUUGCGAUCACCGGCGGCGGGACUUCGAGCUCUCCGGCCGCAAAGACAAAGAGUCAACAAACUCCAGGCGAGGCUCGAUGAACAGUGUCACCAAACUGACAGGGCUCUUCGAGACGCAGGCCAAAGACGGCCGGCCCGAGGCCAUCCUCACGCCCCUUAUGCACAACGGCCGGCUGACUAGCAGCAAGAUGCUCAUCAAAGCCGACCAGCACCAGGUGGACCUGACGGCGCUGCCCACGCCUGAGUCCACGCCCAUGCAACCACGUCGCAAGCCCAGCCGGGGCAGCCGCGACUGGGAGAGGAACCAGAACCUGAUCAACGCCUGCACCAAAGACAUGCCCCCUAUGGGCUCACCGGUCAUCCCCACGGACCUGCCGCUGAGGGCCUCGCCGGGACACAUCCCCAGCGUGGUGGUGCUUCCCUUGCCUCAGCACCAGCAAGCCUACCAGCACGAGUAUGUGGAGCAGCUGCACCGCAGCGAGCCACCCGACGACCCCGCCGCCACUCUGGAGUACAAAACCGUGAAGAGUCCCUGCCACGGCUUGAGCACGGCCGACAGUGAGGGCAUGCCGCCCCGCGUGCCCCAGCGGGAGGCCUCGCUGGCCGCCGUGUUGCCACCUGCCGUGCCCCAGAUGGGCAAGCGGCUGGACGUGUACGGCCGCGCCUACUCCGCGGGCUCCAGCAAGGCCCUUGGCCUGAAGAAGCAGCACAACACCAACUCCUCCAACUCCUCCCACCUAGCGAGGAGCCACGGCUACGGCCGUGCCGAGACGCCGCCGCCGGCUCCACAGAGGGUGGACUCCAUACACGUCACUGGCCCUCCGGCGGUGGGCCUCGCGCGGCACCCCAGCCUGACCUCAUACAGUUCGCUGCCACGCUGCAGCUCCAGGCACCUCAAACCCGACGUCCCACCCAAACCCUCGCAGGUCUCCCUCUCCACGAAAGUCAAGUCCGGCGAGUCUUACACAUAAUAGGCACGAAGAAAACGGAGGACACACAAAAGUGCAUCUGCAUUGUACAGCUGUGUACAGGAAAUGCAACUCACUGUUGUUGUUUUUUUUUUUAAGAAAAAAGAAAACAAGAAAACAACAUUUUUCAUGUAUGUACGUGUUGAGCUCAGGCUGUUGACUUCCUGUUCCUGGAUGGUGAAAGAUGGAACACCUGCUACUGAGAAGAGAAGAACUCUCUUGAAUCUUUCAUCAAUGAGCCACAUGUCACUCCGUAGCGUUCUUUUUUUUUUUCGAAUCCUUUUCUCUUUCUUUUUCUUCCCGAGAUGAUAGUAUGUCAGGCUGAGGACACAGCCACGACGCAGCUCAUGUUUUGUUUUCUUAACAGACUGCCAAAAGCACAUCGCGGAGAGGAGAGUAAUUGUAUAGUUCUGAAGCUGGGAUAUGCCCCAGUUAAAAAAGCACUUGGACAGAAGCUCAGACUGGUUUACAACAGCUGGUUUACAAUGGAAAACUGUGAAAUUAAGAAUAAGAAAAAAAAAAAGAUUAAAUGCCUCCCUUAGUGUUGCAGCUACUGGACACAGCAAUCAAGUAAUGCCUUUAGCGAGGUCUGCAAAAUCGUCUACUGUAACUGGUGACUGAAUAACCCGUGACUGUUAGUACUAAUAGCUGGUUGUAUUUAUUUUUUAAUAAAGUGCUUUCAAAGAAAGACGGACUCUUUUUAGGCUCAGAGAGAGAGAGACAGAAAGAUCUUUUUAAUUUUAAUUAAUCAUGUGUGAAAUUAUUUAAAGUCAUUCAACUGGAGCCAGUACAACCUUUUCUCGUUAGAAAAGAAAAAAAAACAAAACUAUCCUCUAACUUUUUUUGAACAUUGCUAGGUGAACAUGGAGGGUAUUAAAGCCUUUGCAUGGAAGAGAUAUUUACUGAACAGUGCCGGGAGAGCUCGGGAAGGGUUUGGACCGAGCGGUAUCCCAGGAAGAAAUGGAUAGAAAAGGAAAAGCAGGAAAAGGGGGAAACAUAUCCUCAAACUGGAACUCCUGACUCGAUAACCUCAGCUCUCUGCUGGCAUCUACAUUCAGCACUGUGGAUCAUGUCAGUACCCUCUGUUCUGAAUGCCCAUAGCUCCGUCGAGUGCCAUUCCGGUUCACGUUCGUGCAUGAAAGUGCGCAAAGACUGAGGAGAAGGAGAACGACGAACAGCAACCUACUACCCACCCCGAUAAUCCGCGCGGUGAGACAAACGUGUGGUUGCCGAUGCUCAGCCAGCAUGUGGGAAGCGUUUUGGGUUAGGGGUUUUGUUUUUUUUCGUUUGUUUGUUUGUAUGUUUUUGUUUAUUUUUUUCCCCUCCAUUUGGCCUGUAUCAAAACGUAUGAUUUUUUUUUUGCCCCAUCUUCACAUGGGCCCUUUUAUGGAACUACAACUGUUUGGUAGCCUUUGUUUUUCUUCCACGUGUAAAUUUGUGCCUUACACCCCUCAGUAGUGACGAGUUUGUUAGCUGUUAACUGUUACCUAGUGGUUCUUAUGAUUACAUAUUUCCCUCAUUUGAUGAGAAGCAAUUAAAGAAUGUAGGUGUUCUUGUUGUUAAUUCGGGUCCCUUUGGAAACAUUGGG